CCUGCAUCCCCCUCCCCUCCCGCACCUCUCCUUCCUCCGGCUCCUGGGAAAGAGAGAAGCCACCGCUGCGGGUGGGUGGGGUAGCGCGGGGCGCCUUUGGCAGGGGAUCGCAUCCGUCGGCACCAAGUCCCGGAGCACGGCCAGACCAGGUUACAAACUAUCCUCCUAUGCAUGAAAUCUACAAACUCCAAGAACUAAUCAAUGGUUUUUCAUCUCCUGGAGAUAUAUUAGAACGUAAAUAUGGUACCCAAAGAAGAACUUAUCUUUCUCUGACUACAUUUUAUUUGACUAUACUUUUAUAUUGAAGAGAAGUAUACACACUGAGACUGCUUGUACUGACUGUCGAGUAAGAUCAUGGACCAUCCUAGUAGGGAAAAGGAUGAACGGCAACGGACAGCUAAGCCCCUGGCACAGAGGAGUGCACAUUGUUCUCGACCACCGGGCUCAUCGUCCUCUGGGGUUCUAAUGGUGGGACCCAACUUCAGGGUUGGCAAGAAGAUAGGGUGUGGGAACUUCGGAGAACUCAGAUUAGGUAAAAAUCUCUACACCAAUGAAUAUGUAGCUAUCAAACUGGAACCAAUAAAAUCACGUGCUCCACAGCUUCAUUUAGAGUACAGGUUUUAUAAACAGCUCGGCAGUGCAGGUGAAGGUCUCCCACAGGUGUUCUACUUCGGGCCGUGUGGCAAGUACAACGCCAUGGUGCUGGAGCUCCUGGGGCCGAGCCUGGAGGACUUGUUCGACCUCUGUGACCGCACGUUCACACUGAAGACCGUGCUGAUGAUAGCCAUCCAGCUGCUUUCUCGAAUGGAGUAUGUGCACUCAAGGAAUCUCAUUUACCGAGAUGUCAAGCCAGAGAACUUCCUGAUUGGCCGACAAGGCAAUAAGAAAGAGCAUAUUAUUCACAUUAUAGACUUUGGUCUGGCCAAGGAAUACAUUGACCCUGAAACCAAAAAGCAUAUACCUUAUCGAGAACACAAAAGCUUAACUGGAACUGCAAGAUACAUGUCUAUCAACACGCAUCUUGGCAAAGAGCAGAGCCGGCGGGAUGACUUGGAAGCCCUAGGCCACAUGUUCAUGUAUUUCCUUCGAGGCAGCCUGCCCUGGCAAGGACUCAAGGCUGAUACAUUAAAAGAGAGGUAUCAGAAAAUCGGUGACACCAAAAGGAAUACUCCCAUUGAAGCCCUGUGUGAGAACUUCCCAGAGGAGAUGGCAACCUACUUGAGGUACGUCAGGCGACUGGACUUCUUUGAGAAACCCGACUACGAGUAUUUACGGACCCUUUUCACAGACCUUUUUGAGAGGAAAGGCUACACAUACGACUACGCCUACGAUUGGGUCGGGAGGCCUAUUCCUACUCCAGUGGGGUCCGUUCAUGUAGAUUCUGGUGCCUCCGCAACAACCCGAGACAGCCACACACACAGGGAGCAGCCGUCACAGCAGCCUCUUAGAAACCAGACCACAUCGACAGAACGCCGUGGAGAGUGGGAAAUCCAGCCGAGCCGGCAGACCUCGUACCUAACAUCUCACUUGGCUGCAGACCGCCAUGGGGGAUCAGUGCAGGUGGUUAGCUCGGCCAAUGGAGAGCUGAACAUCGAUGACCCCACGGGCGCCCACUCCAAUGCACCGAUCACAGCUCACACUGAGGUGGAGGUACUGGAGGAAGCUAACUGCCUGAAAAUGCUCAACCUGUGGUGCUGCUGCUUCUUUAAGAGGAAAAGGAAGAAGACUCAGCGCCACAAGUGACCAGCGCCUGCUGCUCCUGCCAUUUCUCAUUGAAAGGGACCCCCCUGUGGGGGAGGGUGGAGAUCCAAACCAAAAAGAAGAAAACAGUUGCCCCCAGGAGGAGUCAGUGCCGGCAGCCAGGGCCUCGCUGGUCAGUGGCCUGGCGGUCCUCACCUAUCCAGCACUCUGAGCUGGACUCAGAGCUCUUCCCCGGUGUGGCCCGGUGCUGUCUGGCGGACCCUCCUUCCUAUUGUUUACAGUGAAGGUGUCAUUCACAAAAACUCAAGGACUACUACUCUUCUCUUCCGCCCCUUAGCUGACUCCUGGUUCUUGGCCCACACUCGACCUCCCUCCAGGGCUGGUCUGCUGACGGCGCCCGAGGAGCCGGGCUGUGGCGCGGAAGCUCGCAGGAAGAUGUGGCCGUGGCCCUGCCAUGAAGUUGGCUCUCUCUUCCUCUGCGUCUGCGCAGCCUCCACCCCGAGCUGGACCUGGGGUGCAGGUCCCCUACACCCCUGAGAAGUUACACUGUAGGACACAAGCUGUGAGGAAUCCGCCAUCUACUGUUCCCCCGUGUUGGUGUUCUUCGCUUUCUGGACGCGUGACUCGACUCCAGUCAGUGUCACAUAAAGAGAAUUGUCCCCGGGCAAUGGGGAAAUGACAACAACAGCAACAACAACAACAACAACUGACUUUAUUGCACUUUUAGUUUUUUGUUUUUAACAAAAAUAACUUUGCAGAUGCAUAUUGUGUCUGGUUAUAUUGUUUUACCUUUUUUUUUUUUUUUCUCUGUUUUGAGGGAGAUGGGGCCAGCUCAGACGUGCAGAGAGAACCUGGGUCCAGGGAACAUUCUCAGUGGAAAGAGAUGGGUCUGCGGCCCCCAGAAGAGAAGAAGCCAAACUGUCAUCCUGAGUGAACACUCAGGUGGACAAGGAAGCAUACUUGAAUUUUCAUGCAUCUUCUCAGCUGCCAAGGAAUGUCCUCCUCGACCUCGCCCACCUGCGGUUAGAACAACCUGACUUUCUGGCACAGGGGUGACGCAGACUGUGACCAGGAGACAGUUUGUUCCCAAGAAGCAGAGGCAGAACCACAAAUCGGUCCGCUUCCUCCUCGGCCAGGGACUUCCAGCUAGAGAGCCAUGUCAUUAGUUUAGUGACCCGGAGGCCAAGAUUCACGGUGAAGUAGCCACCACCGUUUUUCUCCAGUGGACAGAAAGAAGGGAGUCAUUUGGCCUUCUGACUGCCAGAGAAACACCCCCCCUCCCCCGAGAUUUGACAUCCCAGGACCCCUGGCACCUGAGUGGCAGCCUGAGAGCUGACCAGGCCCUUACGGCAGGCUCAGGGCUCAGCACAGGGGCCGACAGAGGGUGAGGGUGAGAUUUGUUGGCGCUAGAAAGCUCCAGAGAAAAGGAGACUGACAUGAAAGUCCGAGGCUGUCUUCAGGACAGAGUCCUUCCCGAAAGGAAGUGCGCACAUGCUCACGGCUGCCGCCGCCGCCUCCCGGCGCAUGCUCGCACGACAAGCCACUGCGAAUCCCCUGGGAGAGUCCCUGCGUGGAGUGUCAGAAAUGUUUGGGGGCCGGGAUUGGAGCUCAGUGGUAGAGGCCCUGGGUUCGAUUCCUGGCGUCACAGGAGAAAGGAAAGAGAAAGUGUGGAGUUAGCUUGCUUAGGUUCCAUUUUCAUUUGGGGUCAGUGGUUCUCCAGACGGCGACCUUUCAUUCUAGAUGCGCGGGAGGAAGAGAGGGGAGAGGGUUGCUUCCUUCAGGGAAGGCGGUCUUGUCUCUGUGGGUAGAGACUGCUCAUCGUGGAGGACAGUGUCUGGUGACCUGGUCAGGUGCUUUGGUGAGCAGAGAAAUCCCUGCCCCGGCUUGAGGUGUGGGGUUGUCUUAGAUUGGAGAAGGUGGGACUACUUUCUGCGAGGUGGUGUUACCUGAGUAGUUUCUUGAUUUAUCUCACGUGGAACCAAAAUAGCAUUAGCAUGAAUAGCAUGAUUGGGUUUUGCCAUUUCCGUAGGACCUUGGCUCGGAACUGCCACCUCAUGUCUUCAAACUGGCUUAGUUCCUGAAAGGUUGUCACCUCUCAUUUUUGUCGACAAAACUGGCCAGGAGAUGCCUUGAUGUUCCCCUUCCCCCCUACACAGAUUGUGAAGAACAGGGUCUGCUUCCUUGAUGUUGCGUAGUGAUUAGGGCACCAGCUUAGAGAUGGGCACCGUUUCUCAGUCAGCAGCGGACAGCCUGAACUUCCUGUGUAGCAACUGGAACAGCCUCGUCUCGGGUUAGAAAAAGGCUUGCCUCUCGGGGCCGGGUAAGGAGAAGGCAUGGCAAAGCUUGGUGCAUCCUGGCACUCCAUACCCCCAAGUGCCUCCCCGCUCAUGACCCCCUUGUACUUUUGCAGAAAGCAAAGGCCACAGCCAGCUUGCCUGCUUAAGUCCCCCUCGAAGCUGGGUUUGGGACUGUUUUGGGAAUCUUUAGUAUUUUUAUAGAUUAGCUCUUGAAGGGUUGAAUCCAAGCAGUUGUGUGUGUGUGGCUUCCUUCCUAGUGCACUAUUCUCCUGGACUCCUCCUCCCCACCCACAACCCACUCACCCCAGUCUCCUGCUAGAUAUUUGAAAGAUGAAGACCCCUCGAGGGCCCCCCUGGCAGGAAGGGUACCCGUCAUCCUUAUCUCCGGGGGAGCCUGCUGUCAUCUUCCUGAAGAUGGCUGUACACACAUUGCUAAGAAGCAGUUUCGUCAUCAGUGUGUCUGUCUGCUCUCAUUCCUUCCCCCAGGCCCCAAUCUGCCCCCCUCCCCCACACACAACAGGGCCUCUGUUGCAUGUUCUGUGCCUGUCGCGGGUUUGCAGUGUCUCUGCUGGGCUCCCAGGGAGCUGGGUUCCAGCACUCCUCCCCCUGCCCAAAUCUGCUUGAUCUGUAGGGGGUUUUCUUUCUCUGUGGUUUUUUGAGCUUCCCCUGUGUCAUUGUGCCUGAGUAGUGAUUAAGAGCUGAUUUAGCAUCUUUCUGUGUGAAGUCCUUCCACGCUAGACCCUUAGGAGUGCUCCCAGGUUCUCAGUGUUGCUCUCAGCCCAGAUCGCUCAGCAAAGCUUGGCCGACUGCCAGUCAUGUUUGCUUUUAGGAUGCCCUCAGUGUUUUCCUGCUAUUUGCAAAUCUGUGUAGACAGGAGAAAAUAGGAUCUAGGAAGGUACAAGUCAGGCGACUCUACAAAGAAACAGCCCCUGCCAAUUUGUCGGCUUCCAACUUACUCCGGUGGGAAAGUGCACAGGUGUUUCAUAUUCAGUGUUGAUUCUCAGUGUUAGGAGCCACUUUUGAUGUCAGAAAAUAUGCUGUGAUGCUUAUGUGCUAUCAGAGUGGUUACUAAAGAUUAUGGCCUUAAUUUUUUAUGCAAAAUAAAUGAACCGCUCCCCAUCCCGGUGAGCGGCAUGCCUGUUUUAUUUUAUUUUAUUUUUUUUAAAUAAGCACUCCCGUGGCAGAACAGAAAGCAUCUCUUACAAGGAACUUGAUAUUUUGGUGCAUCUCUCCCAAGCCCCAUGUGCCCCAGUGUCCUAGUCACCUCUUCCAUUUUCAUACUUAUACUUUUCAAUCCCUCAUGAGUUGCCCCGGGAAUGAAUAUCUCCAGUGUCCGAACCCCAUUAAGGCAGAGUGGAGCUUGUAGAGCCACAGAGCCAGCAUUGCCUUGGCCAGACCUCGCUGCAAGGCGAGCAGAUGAGUUUCAGGCCCAGGGGAAGUGGGCACGGCGUCUGGACUGGCCGUGGAGCAGUGGUCGGGCUCUGGUUUUGCUGCCGAGUCUCCUUUGGAGGGUGACGACCAGGGACUCUUUGUUUUCCCCUGGGUGUGUUGGUCAGAGUCAAAAUAGGAUCCCUCCAGUUUUCCCUUCUUCCUUUGAGGGGGAGUCUGGUUUGUGUGUAAGGAAAAGGGAACCCAGGCCCUUCUGAGGGUUUGCAGAGUUUGGGCAGCUUUGUUUUGCCAGUAAGGAAUCUUGGAAGCCUUUAAUCAAUGAAAUAGUCUUAAGUAUGUUUUUCCCCUCAUGCCUUUGGCAGGAUGCAAAAGAAUAAGUUUCUCCAUUGUAUUCAAAAUAGUAAAUUAUCUGGAUACAGACAGUAGUAGUUGACCAAAUUUCCUCGAACACAACCAGGAAAGCCACUCCAGUAUUUUCAGGUCGACUUAUAAAGGAAAAACUGAAUGUAUAUUCCAUAUAUCUCUAGUUUGAUUAUCAAACUUGAUGUUAUAAAGAAACCUCAGUUCUGUGGACAGAAGUUUGUUUUUUUUUUUUUUCUACUUCUCAAUGAUCUUCCUAGUGCCAGCAGCACUUGACAGUCUUGGAGCAGAGGAUUUCCAGUGUAUAUAGUGGGGUGCCGUGCAUUGAUCUCAGUAAGGAGGGCAUCUGUGCUGAGAGUGCCCCUACCUCCUCCAGCCCCGCACCCUCGGUCAGGCCAGGUGACACGUCUUCAGUGUUCUUCAUGAGCUCCAGACCAAAUCCAUGCCAUGGAAGUCUUAUCAUAGGAAGCUUCUUCAGUCUGUUGGGAAUGUCUCAGGAAAAAUGAGCCAUUUCUUUGGGAGAAGAUAUAUUACAGAUGGGUGUGUGUGUGGUCAUAGCUGUAUGCCUGUGUGUAUGUGUGCAUUCAUCUGUAUGCAUUUUACUUAAAGAUUAACACCCCAGGCUGCCGGGACCAUGUGUUCCUGAAUAUUCUAGGAAGAAAAGUUAGCAAAUGAGCUUCUUGUCUUCAAAGUCACAGCAAGCAUGCUCUGAGGACGAGUCCUGUUUAUAGAGCAGAAGAAUUAACUGCAGAGAAGAGAUGAAACCAAAAACAAGCCCUUCUGUGAAAAAUAAUGUUGACUCAUCAAUUCCCAUUGGAUAUUUUGACAUGCUCUAAUUUAUUAUAUUGUCUGUUUCUUUAAACUUUGCCCAUUGUACUUUUAAGACGGUGUUAGGAUAUUGAUUGCAAUUCUUUAAAACUAGAUAGCGUAUAAAUCUGAUGUGGAAAUCAGUUUUAAUUGAUGUGUGAAUGUGUCUGAUUAUUGUUAAAUGCAUUUCUUUUUUUACAUUUUUAGAUUUGUAAUGUUUCAUAAACCAUGGCACUGGUGGCAAAGCUCAGCUGUGAAAAUAAAACUUGUAGUAUUUUUUAACUUGAAUGUCAAUUUCAAAUGCAUUUGAAAUGGUUUCUUCAGGAGAGAGAUUCAUUCAAAAGAGAAGCUCCUGCAGAGAAAGUAGCCUUCUUUGGAGAAAACAGAAACGUGUUAUCUUGGUGUGUUAUGGCAGUGUAGCUGUUUCCUAGGGCAUCAUGGAAAACACAAAUGUGAUCUUUAAGUAGACCUCUUCUCCAGUUUGAGAGGAAAGGACUCAGUUUGCACCCUUUUUGUAUGUAAAAUAAAAUGUCUUACCUUUCUUGA